AUGCCGAAACUAUUCGUCUUCAGUGCCUUCAUCUGCUCCACUGGUCAUGUCUUGACCAAUGGGCUCGACGCUUUCCGGCCACCACUGCUCCUGCUGGCUACUGUUGCCCGUUUUGCCGGUAUGGUUAUGCUUGAGGCUUUGUUCCCUGCGCCAAACCAGACUUCUCCCAUGAUAGAUGAACUUCGCACCAAACUUCAGCAAGCUAACUGGGCUCGAGCUGGAUUGGGCCUACCACUGCUUCCUGAAUUGAACCCUCCACCUAUGCUUCCACAACAACAUUCUCACUUCUCUGGUACCACUAUGAUGCAUAAACCUGCUCAGAACAGUGGUACUGAUAUUGCGAAUGGUGGACAGUUUACAAAUGCAUGUCAUAACAUGGACGUGCUAACAGUAGAAAUCAUAAUAUCCUCUUUGGGUAUGCACCGUGUUGGCUCGGUGGCACGUGCGGCGCGCUUGGGCACCGCCGCGUGUAAACGAGCACAAUCGACUACAGCUGCACCGGAGAAGAUUGAAGUGUUUAUUGAUGAUAAGAAGAUACUUGUGGAUCCUGGACUAACAAUUCUGCAACCAGUGGCAUCGUGCGCAAUGCCAGUAAUGAAAGGAAUGAGGGUAAAAACCAACUCAGCACUUACACGUAAGGUACGAGAAGGAGUUAUGGAAUUCCUGCUUACUAACCAUCCCCUUGAUUGUCCCAUCUGUGAUCAGGGAGGUGAGUGUGACCUGCAAGAUCAAUCUAUGGCUUUUGGAAGCGAUCGUGGUCGCCUCGUAGCCACUUACGAUGGAAAGAGAGCUGUCGAGGAUAAGAACAUAGGCCCACUUGUGAAAACAGUCAUGACUCGGUGCAUCCACUGCACACGUUGUGUACGAUUUGCAAACGAGAUAGCUGCCUUCCCCGAUUUUGGAACAACCGGAAGAGGAUCUGAUCUGCAGGUAAUUUAUUUUGUGUGUUUUGUGGGCCCUGAAAGAGCAGCUGCCAGAAAUGUUGCACCUUCCCUUCUUAUUGAAACUGCUAAGCGAAGUAGAGAGAUUGGUACCUAUGUCGAGAAAUUUUUCGCUUCUGAAUUGUCUGGAAAUGUGAUUGAUCUUUGCCCUGUUGGUGCCCUCACCAGCAAGCCGUACAGGUAA